AUGACCAUCCGCGAGAUUGACCCAGCUCAAGAGCCGGCCGAGACCAAGCACAGACCAAACGCUGCAAGCAGGCACAGACCUAACGCUACAACAAACUCUGUCCUUCCUCCACUCAAACCUACAGCAACCGCUCCUCACUCUGACCACAACAACAUUACACCCUUACCACUCAGAGCUAAACGCAAGUCUCUGUCGAUCUCGAACCAAGGACACAAUAACAACGGCGACGAAGGCCGUAUUCCUGCUCCAGACCGAGACCAGGAAGCCUCUAUGCAGGACUCGACUGCUCAGUCGUGGGAAUACCGUAGGAUGAUGACGAAGCAGUUGCGGUUGACUGCUGUCGACUCGGGUCGUAGACGCAGGACGUCUACUUGCAAUCAGUCACUUCCUUCUUACUCCAGCUCGUCUCCAUCCAGUUCACCCAACUGUGCAACUCCCCAGUCGACCACCAGCAACAGCACAGAGCACAGUACCAUCUCGCCUCCCUCGACUUACACCCCCGGUUCAAAUGGAAGCCUUGUCGAUGAAAUGGACCUCGAUGCACACUUGUCGUCACCGUCGACAGUCUCUGCUGACGUGGAUGUGGCGUCGUUGAGCGACACUCUGGAUGUCUCGAUACUAGAGGAAGACCUGCUUGUCAGGCAGUUCCGGGACCUGUCUUCACCGCCACCACCUCUCUUGCAAGACUAUCAACAACCCCCUUUGUCGGACUCAUUCGAUGACAACGAUAACCAAACGCCAACAUACCAACUGUUGCUCGAGGAUGCAAGAGCAGGAAAACGGGUCGACAGGAAGGAGCAGCAGCUAUUCACCAAACCAACCCCAUCAGUCUUGCCCACAGAGUUGUUGAUCAAGGUCUUUGAGUGGCUUGCUGGAUAUCAAUCUGAUCUCUGCAGUGCAGCAUUGGUAUCCAUCGAGUGGAACCUCUGUGCGACGGGACAGCUGUACCGAUACCCCGAAUUCGCCAACACGAUCCACUGGGCCAUGUUCAUCCAGACUCUAUGCAAGAACAAGGAGGACGAGCUCGAGCGACCCACCAGCCGGCGAUAUCGACCACCGAUCAUUACACCAACAUGUCUAUCAACACCCGUCAGUGAUCACCCGCCCAUACUCUUUGCACCGGAACGGAUGGCGAAUUUCGGAGCAAGGACGCAGCAACCACGGAAACGGGACAGACUGGAUCGCACUCUCGGGGAAUAUGUGCGAGGGAUCGAUCUUUCUCGCAGAGCUAUCGGUGCGAGUCGUCUUUGUUCCUGUGGGCGGCCAUAUGGACCGCCUGUUGCCAUGAAAGAGUGCAGCGUCUGUUCUCGACCAGGAAAGGGUUCUCAUUCCAAGCCUGUCGUCGGCUCGACUAUACGGGGCGCUUCAGGAAAGACCUCUACUACCCAAGACGACUACGACGAUGGGUCGGAGAUCGAUGAUGGCGACAUGGGCGUCCUUAAUAAUCUCACUGUACGUCCCAGUUUAGCAGCCAUGCGCGAAGGGUUUCAACUGGGAUCGCAACAGACCCCUAAUGUUCGUUUGGGACAAUCAGGCCAAUCGGGGUUCGACAUCGCAGGAUUCGAUCCGGCGUCAAAUGACACCUCGUCGAUGUUGGAGUGGUCAGAAUUACGGCUCUCUUCAACGACCGACUUUGGCUGCCUUAUUCGACCUAUUGCAACAACGAGGACAAACUCUGCAGCAGCCGCAGCAACAUCUUCAACUGCAACGACAUCACCUACAGCAGCAGCAACAGCAGCAGCAGCAGCAGCAUCAUCAUCAUCAACAACAACAGCAGGUCCUUCGCUGAUCGCCUUGGCACGAUCAAGACAACUGGCAGCCAACAGGUUUAGGGGUGAACAAAGGCUCGCCUCUCAGGACGCGGCCUCGACAUCGACCGCCAACAUAGCCUCUCCCUCGGAAGGAGGCGGAUCCGGGAACAGAGGCAAGGUGGUUGUUGAGAAGGAUGCCAGCUCGACCCGGAAGCCCAUGAUGAUUACAGUGUCGUCGCUGAUCCAAAUGGCACGGCACUGUCCCAACCUCGAAUGGCUCUGUUUGGCCUCAACUGCGCUCGCCGACGAUACACUCUACCUCGAGACGGGCGAUUACAUGUCGACUCUGCAACCGGGUCCUCGGACAGGGCUGACCAACGUCCAGGUUACUGUAAUGGAAGGGAUCGGGGCUUUGGGUCAGUCUUGCCUCAACCUUAGACGAGUGUGGCUGGUUGGGUGUGAUUGGGUGACACAUAGGGAGGUCUUGGCGUUGACGACGUCUUGUCGGCGACUCCAGAUGAUGGAUGUGCGACAUUGUGCUCGACUUGAAGGACGACUCAGCCGGUUAUAUGCGAUCAUGGAGGGUCAAGACAACAACGACGACGAGUCUUUGGAACAGGCAGAGGAAACGGGUGCGGGGAACGACGUAAUCCGGAACGAAAGGGUGGCAACUCCGCUCAACUUUGAGACGGCCCCGACGACAGUGCUUCUUGGAGCCAGCGUUUCGGGACGAAGGGUUCGCGAUGGAGCAAUGGACGAUCUGUUCUACUGGGUGUACAUCACCAGUGUUGUCAGCUCGUCUGGCACUUCUAGCACCGCCGCCGCCACAGCACUACCAACACCCAGUACUGCAACAUCGAUGACACCGCCAACAUACAAUCCACAGGCAGUCAAUGAGAUUCUUUCGCUGUUGUCAUCGGUCGCAUUGGCGAGAGAGGCACCGACGGACCCAGUGGCGUUCCGAGAGUGGUUCAAGGCUAUUCAGGACUACGACUUGGUCUCGUAUCAGCCGCUGAGGCGGUUAAAGUCUCGGUACCCGAUGGGCUGCCGACCUGGUGAACAGAAGAUCAACGGUGGUGGUAUUGGAGGUGCAAGCAGUAGCAGCAGCAGCACCAACAGCAGUGGCUACAACACCACCGGUGUGUUCUUCGUCGCCAACAGUAGCAGUCGCAGAAACCGCCGAGAACAACGACAGCAACAAGGCCGCUCGGACUCUGACUCUGAUUCGGAAUAUGACUCUGACUCUAGCAGUGGCAGUGGCACCAUCAGCCAACGACAACAGCAUCAUGGUGCCUUUGGCUCGAGCACUGACUCUGACUCUCAUGAUGAUGAUUCUGAGGAUAAUGUUCCCGAAGAGAACCUUACAGAGUUGGAUGAUUAG